UUACUUUCUAACUAUUUUCAAUGGUGUACUCCGCUUACAUUCUGAAAUGACAAGUACAAGCACUUCUUUUAACUUACCUUGAUUAUCUUGCUCUAUCAGGCUGGAGAAUUUGCCUUACUUCUGUUUUUCAUAACAACAAUGUAGAGAAGUACAGUUACCAUUUGUAUAAUAGAUGGGGUGCUUUGAUGGUUCCCCAUUAUUGCUUAAAUCAAGAUAAAUCAAAAGAACGCUGGCACUUGACCCCAUCUCUUUUAUUGUCCCCAACACAUGCCUUAAUCUGUAACGAGUUUACCAGAGUAUUUUACUGUUGCUUUUACUUUUUGAAUAUAGAACCUAUUAGCAAAAAGCACUGAUCUGGUGCCACGUAAAUUAUUUAGCCCAUCUUCAUUAAAUAAUGGCUACUGAUGAUAUGUUCAAUAUUUUAUUGCUGUCUUUUGUAUUCAAGACUUUCUAUUCCUUUGUUAUAUACUUUCUUUCCCAGAUUCCCCCCCAAAACUGGAAAUCACAAGCAUACCUCAACUCCCAAUAGCCCAUGUUCUUUCCAGGCAGGAGGUGGAGACAAAGAACACAAAAUGCUGACAGGCUACUAGCCAUUGUUAUCUUUCUGCUGCUUCAGUUCUGUUUCUCUGGGAACUCUGUAAAAGAAACUGAGAUCUGACUUGUACUAGAAUGCCCACCUGAAAGAUACUUCAGUUUUCUAUCAAAGCUUUCUAUGUCUUGCAAAACUUUGCAAUCUUAAUGAACACGUUUUAAAUUUCAGUUUAAAAUAGAAGAAAUGCAAAUUAAAAUAGCCGUAAAAUAUAUUUCAUUUCAUGGGGAAAUUAAAAAAAAUCAUAAUCAUGACAGAACACAAGUUCAUUACUUCAUUAUUGGUCAGUGUACACAUUGAUUAACAUCCUCACUGAGGGUAUGGUAAACAAUGCAGCUGAAUUUUACCCUCAUUUUGGAUAGUGCCUAUCCCUAUUUUUUUGCCCAUUAUGGACAAUUUUAAUUUAAAAUGUAACGGUUCUGUUGUAAAACAUGAAUAUAUUUAAAACUUAUGUCUAAAGUGCUGUUAAGAAUAAGGAUACUUUUUCUGGUGUUAGGCCUUUGCCAUUGUGGUUUGGGUUUUUUUGCUUUAGUAAGAGUCAUGCGUUAUGUAAGACGUCAGGCAGAUAGUAACUUAAUAGCCAUUGAAGAACAGGUCUAUUAAAGGCUGUAGAUCAACCUGAAGUAUGCUGCUUGCUUUUUCAGAUAAAUUAGAUAGUUGUAAUAAUGUCAUUGUUUUAUCUUUUAACAGUUCAGCCCUCAAGGAGAUUUUUAAAAAGUGCAGUGCCAAGACCCAACAGCUUAAAAAUAGUGGGAUCUGUUGUAUUUCCGGUCAAAGUGUAUGUCAAGCUGAAUCACAACAGUCCAUGUAUUUUAUGUCUGACAAAUCAUCUGCAAAAUUUAGAACUGAUUGAUCCAGUAUUCCAGUGGAAUGGACCAGGUGGUGGUCUUUCUUCAGAAAACACCAGUGUGCAAAUAUCAACCACAGGAACUUUGAUAUUGAGACACUUCAACCUGAGUGGAGUUUACACAUGUUCCAUUGUUUAUAAGCUAACAGCAAUGCAGCCUCAUAAAAACCUUGUAAUAAAAUACCUUAUUUAUGGUAAGUUAUCAAUCCAGUAUUACUAUGCGUUCACAGCCCGGUAUCACACAGCCCCCUCCAACAGUUCUCAUAACACUUCUUUUGAGAAAGCAUUGCUUCAGGUACUAAGCAAACUUGUUGCUGAACUUUCUUGUGAGGUUACAUUAAUUAAGGCAGAAUGCCAUCAGGUAAAAAUGUAGAGAAGAUGUCUACAGAGUGAAAUCUUCUUUACAUUUUCAGUUGCUUCCUUAGACGGAGAAACCCACAACAGAUUAUGUCAGCAAAGUGCUUGUGAUUCAUCUCACAGACUAAACAAGGCAAAAAAACUUAUAGAGAGAUUUUUUAAGAAACAAGUGGAACUUCACAGGAGAAGUUCUGAACCAUUGCCUGAAAUAUACUACAUUGAAGGUAUGAUGCAAAUGGUAUGGGUUGAUCGCUGCUAUCCAGGGUAUGGAAUGAAUCCUCUAAUACAUCCAGACUGUCCAGAGUGUUGUGUUGCAUGCAGCCCAGGAUCAUGCAACCCUGGUAAUGGAAUUCACUGUCUUCUAUGUGACAGCAGUUUGAUAUAUGGAGCAACAAAGUUCUAAAGGCUGAGGGAUUUGCACUCUUGCAAUAGCUCUUAUGUAUUUUCAUGUGGUCAUAUUAAUAAAUAUUUUAAAAAUGUGUACAGUUUGUUUUGGUUACAUCAAUAGAACACACUAAUUUUUAGAAAAUAAUGAUUCAGCAGCAUAUUGGUAAAUAUGUUUUAGGUCCUAUUACUUAGGACUCCUUCAAUUUUAAGGUCUUUAGAGUAGCUGCUAGGUUAACACCAAUAGAGACAACUAUUUAAAUCACAAGAAGAAAAUACAAAAGUAGAGGUAUUUUGUAUAGUUUGUCUUUUGCUGAUAGACCUCAGCUCCUCUCAGCAUGGACUGGUGUAAGAAGUCUAUAUUGUAGUUUUCAUCUACCUGUCCAUUCAGUCAUUGGUUAACAGGAUUAUAGUGAACAGCUCAUGGUGUACAUCCAGCACUGAAAGCUCAUAACAAUUGCAAUGUAGCCUCCAAUGGAAAAAUCCUAAAAACUUACUUUCAAGAUGAAUUAUAAUAUCACUAAUGACCAGUUGGUAACUUCUUCCCAAAGAAUGUAAAAUUCCACUUCGGUCAGUCAUCUGUUCCACCUUUAUAGAUAUACCACGUUGAGCAUAACACUUUUGCUCUUACCUGAAGAAAACAAACAGUAACAUAAAAUACCAUGGUACUCUUCAUGACACUAAUCUUCACUUUCGUAAGACUGUUGAGAAUUACUAAGUAGUUGGCUCAAUGCAUUCCUUGUCAUUGUCAUUCAUUAACAGCCUUAUUUAAGUUGGUAUUUAGUAACACAAUCCUGUUUAAAAUCGUGUUUGUAUUUGCAGAUCAUACCCCAUGCAAAUGGCAGAAUUUCUAAUAAGUAUCACAUUUAUACUCUUUUUUUCCCUUUAGGUCUUUUUCCUUCUAGUCCAUGUAUAAAAAUGAGCUACAUGUGAAGGCCAUUUUUAGCUCUUUGUCCUCUCUGGAAAAUGGGGUUUGCAGGUGUUUGGUUUGUUUUUUUUUUAAGCACAAAUAAGGACCACAGAUUAAUAUAUGUCUGUCUUCUGGAACUAUACUCUGAAAAGAAGGAAUAAAAAGAAAUAUUGUGCUACAUCUAAGAAGUAAUUUUUCAAUAUGGUAUAUUAAAUUAAGAUACUAUACUAUAACCAUUCCAGUAAUACAUUGUUUACAUGACAGAGCCGGAAGCACCAAAUAGAUUGUAUUUUGAUGUGAAGGGGACAAAAAAAGGAAAACAGUGCAUUUGAAAGUAACUAGUAAGAUUGUAUGGUUUGCCUUUUUGGUUUGAAUUAACUAAAGUAACUUUUAUAUAGAACAUAUGCAACUAAGGCAUUUAAAAAAAAAGGAAAACAAGCAUUAUUAGGAUUCUAGAGUGACACUGUUUAUUGCUCAAACACUAGGAGAAACAGCAUAACUAGCAGAAUAUAUAAAAUAGCUCUUUUUAUCAAAUGUUAUUUGAAAAUAAAUAGCUGCAAACCAGCAUGUUAAAAAGUGUUUAGGAGUUAAGAAAUGAAACUCUAUUUGUAAUCCAUAGAAUGACUAAAGGCUACCUAUUCCUUAUUUUUGUGUGGUAAUUAGAAAUAAACAGACCACUGGGUUGUUAACAUUAGGCUGAAGCACUGCACAUCCAUAUGUUACCUUCAUAAUUUCCCACUCACAAUAACACUAAAUUAGUUAGCAGUAGUUUGAUGGCUAAAGAGAGAGCAUGAUAUGCAGUAUUGUCUUUCUGAAAAUAUAAACUGUUCUUAAAAGAAGAACAAAACACCAUACCAAGUAAUACCAGCACAUGGAACUUCCUACAGUAUGGAUAGCAAAUUAAUUUGAGAAUUACGCUUUGAAAUGAAUGCAGCUUUUAAGGCAAUAGCAAUACAGAUUAAGCAGCAUUUUGACAUUUUUAUACAUUUACCCUCCUGCUGCACAUCAGAAAGAGAACGGUCUGGUUGGCAGACCGUAUUAUCAAUUCAAGUAAUUUAUAGAAUUUUAUCUAUACUUUGAGGGAGAAUAAUAAAGCUGAUGUAAUUUUCACUGGGAUACUAUACACACUAGAAUAUUUACUUUCUUCUCCAUGCAUAAGUUUAUGAAUUUUCGCAGAGUAUAGAAACAAUGUUUCUUGGUCCUUCCGAUAGGUGACAUUCAGUUUCAAUUCAUGAAGUUUGCACACCCUUUCAGGCCUACUGGAAAAAAUAAAACUGGGAAAUAAGCAGAAGCAAGUGAAGUAGAAGCAGAAAUCUCAUAUUCAUGCCAAUGCAGCUACAUAAGAACAUCUGAGAAGAAUAUUCAUUAUGCAAGCAACAGACCUUCAAAUACAAAAUUAUUCAUGAGCUGUUGGUGUGUCCAGAAAUACAGCUUUUAUAGGCACAACCCACCUGCAAAGCUGAGGAACUCCUCGUACACAGAAUGCAUAAUACUGUCUGCACUGAAGCAAAAACUAGCUGAGUACCUAGGCUCCAGUAGGGAAGCCAAUAUUCUCUGGAGUUUGGUUCACUGGAAAUUAUGCAGAUGGUUUUUCUCUUAUUUUUUAAGGUUAAAUAUGAACAGGAGUAUUACAUGACCAAAUCAUAAAAUUUAGAUAAGUACAUGUGUCCACCACAAGCCGUUCUGGUUUUUUUGCUUAGAGAUGAAUGGUUUCCAGCUGCAUUCCAUAGUAGCUAAUUUUUAACUUUCCAACUUUUAGUUCCCACAUUUUUAUUUUCCGCUCCCAUAAAGAGAAAGGAAGGUUUCUGUUUUAAGCCUCUACGUGAAGUGAUGCUAUGCAGCAGGCUGCAAAUCUGGGCUCCCCAGCUGCACUGCCAAAGGCCCCCGCACUGCUUGGUACAGUCACCUGUUGGAGCUUGGCUCUCGGGGUCUGUUGGUGUGUCCGCCUGUGUGCCCGGCUUGCUGAUGGUAUCACCGUGCCUGGGGUGCGGCUGGGAUGGGGUUGUUUUUUGUAGUAUAUGGUAUGGGGUUCUGGUUUAGAUCUGUGACCAAAACGAUGCCGGUAACACACCGGUAUUUCGGCUAUUGCUGAACAGGGUGUGCACAGUGUCAAGGUCUUCUCUGUUACUCACUCCCAGCGAGUAGAGUUGGGGUGCACGAGAGCUUGGGAGCAGAUACAACCAGGCAGGUGACCUGAACUAACCAAAGGGAUAUUCCACGCCAUAUAGCGUCCUGCUCAGCAGUAAAAUGGAGAGGAGCGAGGUUUAGGUAAGGUUAGCUACUUUUUGCUUAGGAACUGGCUGCCCACCAGUCUGCCCAUGGGAGGUAGUGAGGGAUUGCCAUUGCAUCACUUCUUUUGUAUUGUUUUUGAUUUUUUCUUCCACUUCUCUGCUUAUUAAAUUAUUUUCAUCUUGA